CGUCAGUUGGUUACUGCAACUUGUUUUGUUUUCGUAAUAUUUGUUGGAUACAACAUGGUUAUUUUUAAUAGAAGUGCAGCAAUUGGAAAAAUUCUGCGACGUUGUCAUCGUGCAGCAUUAUGACAUUCAAAAUGCGUAUUUACUUUUAGUUGCAGCAAAGAAUAGCGGCAACCACUUGACAUGUUUUCAUGGUCUAUGGCCAGUAUCGGAACAAAAUGAUUUCGAGCAGCACAUGCGCAUUAUUCCAGACUUUAUCAGCGAGACGGAGGAGAAGCAACUACACGAGGAAAUCGAGCCAUAUAUGAGUCGCUUGCGCUACGAGUUUGACCAUUGGGAUGAUGCCAUUCACGGAUUUAGGGAGACUGAGCGUAAAAAAUGGUACCCAACAAAUCGAGAUGUCUUGGAGCGUGUGCGUCAAGUGGCUUUUGAAGGCGCUAUUAUGCCCUAUGUACACGUUCUAGAUCUGGCUGCCGACGGCGUCAUCAAGCCACAUGUGGAUAGUACCCGUUACUGCGGCAAUACCAUUUCAGGAAUAAGUUUGCUCAGCGAUAGCGUGAUGCGUCUGGUACGCGCAGAUGCCGAAAAGUAUCAACAAAGUAGCACAGGUACUACGAGUAAAGAAAAUGAUGUGGACGCCGAUGCAAAUGAUGCCGCAUACCGCCAUCAACCGGAGGCAAAGCUGGAAAACAAUUUCUAUGCGGAUCUGCUGCUGCCACGUCGGUCCCUCUACAUAAUGAGCCACACGGCGCGCUACAACUUUACACAUGAGAUCUUGGCAAACGAGCGUUCACUGUUUUUGGGCAAACCAAUUAAGAAGACGCGUCGCAUUUCCAUCAUUUGCCGCAAUGAUCCUUAAAUUCUGGAAUUCUAUUAUUAUUAAUAUUGUUGACAUUUUCAAGUUAAAACGUUAAUUAUACAUCAUUUUUUUUAAAACUGUGAUAUAUGUAAAAAAAAUUUUAUUUAUGAAUUCAAUUCGAUAUUUUUCUCGCAGUUAUUGUAUAAAUUUAAAAAUGUAUGAGGUAAUGUGGUAAUAAAUAAUUAUUCUGAUUAUAAUCAGAAAAA